AUGGCUGAGGAAAGUUCAUAUUUGAAAAUUAAACCCUCCCUGGAGGAUGCCGGUCCCAAUAUGGAUGCGGAGGUGGGAAACACAGAGACAUAUUUGACGGCGCCUGAGCCAACGACACAAGACUACAUUCAGCCGGAGUCCCAAAGUGACACACCGAAUACCAUAUCAAUAGAGUCGGAUCCGAGUCACUCACAUUCAUUAUCAUCCUCCAAAUCUCUUUCUGAACACAUAAUCGAAGAUAUACUUGAAAAUGAACGGCGCUACUGUAAUGAAACCUAUUUCAUGCCGAAUGAUGAAGCCGAGCAAACCCGUCUAUCAAUCGAGCACCAAAUCUACUUAAUAAUCUACGAUGGCCAACUCACAAAAACCAACUUACCCCCAACAGUCUCCCGUAUCCUAGAUAUCGGGACAGGAACCGGCGAUUGGGCCCUUAGCAUGGGUGAAAUGUACCCCGACACCGAGAUCCUCGCCAUCGACAUCUCGGUCUUCGACUCAGAUCCCAUCUCUAUCGCGCCGCCCAACGUCUUCUUCCAAAUUGAUGACGCUGAAUGCGGCGAAUGGAACUACCAUCAUCCCUUCGACUUCAUCCACAUUCGCGGCCUCUCCGGCGCGAUAGCCGACUGGUCAGCUCUGUACAGCCAGGCCUUUAAGAACCUGGAACCAGAUGGCCGCAUCGAGAUCGCCGAUGUGGAUUACACCUCAGGCUUACUGAACGCGCGCAACGCCCCCGCCAACUCGUAUAUGAGCAUAUAUAUAUCCGCCAUCCGCUCCGCGGCUGAUGUGGCGGGGUACCCGCGCGACCUGUCACAUUUGCGUAUGGCCGCACUGACAGCUGCAGGGUUUGUGCAAGUGAGGACAUAUGAUAUUCGAGUGCCGGUUGGGACGUGGUGCGAGAGCGAUGCGAAGGGGAGUACGCUAGGGAAAAUGGUGUUGAUCGUGUUGUUGGAAGGACUGGAGGCAGCGAGUAUGCGGUCGCUGACAAAAUACGGCGGAUGGACGCCGGAGGAUGUGAGGGAUUUAUGUCACAAGGUGAAGAUGGAGAUUGUGAUGGGUGCAGUGGAGGGUGCGAUGGGGCUUGUAAGAGUGAUCACAGGGAGAAGACCAGGUCCUGAUUCGGGGCUUGACUAA